UGGGGGCGGCCGGGUGCCCUGAACUCGCUCAGGGCUCCGCCUCUUGUGAUAGGAAGCGCCUGUUAAAUAGUCCCGGCCAUUCAGCGCUUCCGCCUAACUUGUCGCAAAGUUUUUCUAGAGAAGUCGGUCCUUUUACUCGGCGCUCUUGCAGGCUGCUAGAGCUAACCUUCUGCUUAUUAGCCCGGGCUUGCAUUACGUCGGGGGUUUUCGAGCUCCGCACUCUUCCACAGUCUUGGUGCGGGAGCGGGAGCGCGGCGCAGUGUGCCUCCGCGCGUCCGAGGGGCAGCCGAAGCCCAGAGGAAGGGGCGGAUCGGGCGCGGUGUUUGGGACGGAGCGGGGCGCGCGGCGCUCGAAGCACCCACUCGGCGUUCCGGGGCUGGUGGAGACUGCUUGCGCACCCCUCAGACCGCACCCCUCAAGCUGUAGGUUCGCAGGCCCACGGCAGCCCGACUCGACGGCGUCCCCAUUGUGGGUCCAGUCUGUGGUCUUUGGAGGUCUUUUUUUUUUUUUUGCAGAUAUGUUCAGCUCUCUGGCGCGCGCUCUCUUCCCCAGAGUUGGCCGAGGGCGCUCUUCCGUGCAGACCCCAACCACACCCAGUGGCAGAUGGGUUUCUUUUUAACUGGCUUUCUUACUUGUAGGGUCCAUUUUAAGUCUGUUCUUAACAUGAUGUCCUCAUUGUCAAGUAGACAGUCUAUUUCUAGAUGGCUGUGGUAAUUGAAAAUAUAUAGGGUGAAUAUAUAUGAGGUAAAAUGUUAUAACUCUUUAAGUAGACCAAUGAAAUAGAUAUGGUAGCAUUAAGGUUCCGAAUGCAAAAGUUAAGGUUCAGUUUUCUUUUUAGGUUUAAAUUUGGGGGCAUGUAGUGUCUGUGAGCUAUUUUAGCGAAAACAUUUGUUGAGAAUGUUUGGAUAUCAAAACUUAACCCUAGAAAAAUAAAAUUAAGUCAAUGUUUAAAGAAUCCAUGAUAAUGUUGAACUUUGUACGGCUGUCACAAUGAUGAAACAUGCCACCAAACUGUACAUCUGGAUAGGAAUUUCAUUAACUUUGAGCGUCUAUGUUGGUCCUAGUUUACUGAUACGGUUGAAUUGGUUUUUUUUAUGCAGGAAGGAAUCUGAUUUGAGUGUACUCUAAAGUAUUGUCCUCAAGUUGAAGAGAUAGAAACCACUUAAAUUGAUGGAGUGAAAUAUCCUAACAUUUUUCAGAGUUUAACUGCAAAUCAAAUGAGUUCAUUAUCUUUUAGCAAAACUGUGUUUUCCUGAAAUUCAUGAAGACAUUGCAUUGUAUUAACAUUUUCAAGGUGUUAUCGUUUCAUGACAACGAUGAACAUAGGAGACCAUGUUGAUUUUUGUUAAAAUUGUCAUAAAUGAGUCCCAGAUCUAGAAAAUUAACGAAAGGUUGGGAGGGAUAAAAUGUAGGUAUCUAAUAACCUGUUUGGUACACCGAAAUUUUUCCUUAUUGUUGCUGCAAAAGUGAGUAUAAAUACCAAUUUAAAACGUUUCGUCUUUUUUUGAAGGGUGAAAGGACAGCAACACGAUGAACAUCUACUGUGCACAUUGAUAAUAUGUCAUCUCUUCUUUUGAUCUCUGUUCCUGAUUGUGGCUUUGUCCAAGCGUUAAAUUGUGUGCCUUUUGUUCCUUGAAGAAAGAGCUGGUGCUAGCAACCCCCAACUCUGUCUGGUCUCUGGACCCAGCUCAAAGCUCUGGAUUUGAUAUCUUCCCAUACCUCAGCCCGAGCCUUCUGUCACUUCAGAGGGCUUUCACACAAGCUCCCUCUCAAGCCCUCACUUCUCUCCCAAGAUGAAGAAACAAAUGCAGAGAUUGAGACUUGACUAGAAUAACACAAACCAGUGAGUUAAUGUGGGAAAAAUCCUGGUAUUUUGAAGAUGUCUCGGCACAGUAUUGUUUCCUGUUCAAAUUACAAGUAACUUCAAGAGUUUUCAGGAAAAAAAGAAAUUGGGAUUUUUUUGGGUUAAAUCAUGCCAUCUGAACAGAAACAUUUAUUUUUUGAUGAAAAGCAGAAUACUUUAAAAAAAGAUUAUGAUGUGAAAAAUGAGAUAGUUGAUACUGUCAGAUCAGUACUUAAGCCAAAAAUUUCAGAAAGUCAUUUUCAUUAUGAACUAAAAAAUGUGAAAAUUGUUUUGCCCAGGAUAAAUAUUCCAAAUGAAGUUCUGUUGAAACAUGAAGUUGACAAAUACAGAAAAUUAUUUCAGCAUAAACCACAGACUGCAAGAAAAUCUAUCAGUAUAAAGACUGUAAACUGUAUAGAGGAGUGUGUGUUGCUCCAUAAGUCUGAGAGAGUCGAAGAAGGUAUAAAAAUGUCUGCAAAAAUACUCAAUUUCAACUGUUUAAAGUGCCGAGAUAGCACUCGAUAUAGCCCAAAUGAUUUGCAGAAACACUUUCAAAUGUGGCACCAUGGUGAAUUACCUUCAUAUCCUUGUGAAAUGUGCAGUUUUUCAGCAAAUGACUUCCAGGUAUUUAAACAACACAGACGAACCCAUAGAAUCACUUUAGUAAAGUGUGAUAUUUGUAACAAUGAGAAUUUAUAUACUUUAUUAGACUUGACGAAGCAUUUUUCAUCCACACAUUGUGUAAAUGGUAAUUUUCAAUGUGAAAAGUGUGAAUUUUCUACCCAGGAUGUUGGUACAUUUGUUCAGCACAUUCAUAGACAUAAUGAAGUCCUUUAUAAAUGUGAUAAAUGCCAUUAUAUAUGUUUAACCAAAGGAGAGCUUCAGAAGCACCUUCAUAUUCAUUCUGGUACGUUUCCCUUCACUUGUCAAUAUUGUAGCUAUGGUGCCACCAGGAGAGAGCACCUUAUAAGACAUGUUAUAACUUUGCACAAAGAACAUUUAUAUGCAAAAGAAAAACUGGAAAAAGACAAAUAUGAAAAGAGGAUGGCAAAGACUUCAACAGGACUUAAGUUGAUACUGAAAAGAUACAAAAUAGGUGCAUCAAGGAAGACAUUCUGGAAACGUAAGAAAAUCAACAAUGGCAGUGACAGAAGUAUAGAAAAAAACACUCAAGUGCUUAAAAAAGUGAACAAAACACAGGCUAAAUCUGAAGACCAGAGCCGUCUUGUUCAAGAACAUAUAAAUGAAGAAAAGGACGAAAGACUAUACUGUGAGAAUAAUGAUAAACCUGCUGAGUCAGAGUCAGAAAAGCCAACUCUUCUGUCUACUGGACAGUGUAACAGAGCUGAAGAGGGAUCAAAUUCUACUACAGGUUUCUUGAAGACUGCCCUUCAAGGACCUACAGUGUUAAUGGUAAAAAAUAAUAGAAUAACAAUUCCUGCUAACUACAGUGCUAAAUUUAUGGGUUUUAAGAUGGUGGAUGGAAAACAACAUAUUGUAAUAAAAUUGUUGCCUACCAGUAAACAGAAUUUAUAUUUACCAGGCUCACAGUCAGGUGCCACAAGGCACAGUACUGCAAAUUUGCAGCCUCAGACUUUGGACACCACUGCAUUUUUAACAGGAGUAACAACGGAGUUAAAUGAUACCAUUUAUAUGAAGGCAUCUACUCCAUUUUCAUGUUCAUCUCCUAUACGUUCAGGGAAAGUAACUUCAGAAAAAGAAGUGGCUUUGCUAUCUCAAACAAGUAAUAUGCUUCCAACAAUGGAUGAUGAAAAAAGUGUAUCUUCUUUGCCAACAACAUCAGAAUUGAUUACAGCAUCAGUGAAUUUAACCACAAAAGUGGAAACAAGAGAUAAUGUUGACUUAUGGGGAAGUCAUAUUGCUCAGUGUCACCCUGAGGUAUCAGGUACUGCCAUUAAAAGUCCAGAUAAAGUUACCUGUACUGUCAAACCAAAUCCAUACAGCAGUGGAGAUAUGCAUAACUAUUGCAUUAAUUAUGUCAACUCUGAGUUACCUGUUGAAUCUUCGAACCAAGGAUCAUUACCUUUUCAUAAUUACUCGAAAGUUAAUAAUUCUAAUAAACGUCGUCGGUUUUCAGGAACAGCAACAUGUGAAAACCCUCAAAAAGAAUCUUCAUUAAGCAAGACAGUUGUUCAACAACCAAUAAGCGAGUCAGUUUUAUCACUAGUGAGGAAGGAGAGCUCAAAUCCAGAUAGCCUGUUAGCAUCUAUUAGUCUUUUAAAUACUAAAGAUGGAACUUUAAAAACACAAGCUGAAAUGGAAGAACAGUGUGUUUUAGAAAAAGGACAAAACAUUGAUGGACAGAACCUGUACACUAAUGAAAAUCAAAAUUUAGAGAGCUUGACUGAAAAACCUAAAUGGGAUGACAUCUCUAGUGAUGAGUCACCGAUGAUGCCUAGAAUCACAUCUGUUUUCUCUCUCCAGAGCCAACAGGCAUCAGAAUUUUUGCCCCCUGAAGUAAACCAGUUACUUCAAGAAGUAUUAAAAGCAAAACCUGAUGUGAAACAAGACUCUAGCAACACUCCAAGUAAAGACCUGAGACUUCAUUGCGACCAGUCAUUUCAGAAACACGAGAGAGAAGAUAAAAUAGUCGAAUGUUCAAAAGACUUGAAAGGACAAGGCCUCUUCCCAGUUCCAUCCUGUAGUAUGGGGAUUAAUGGACCUACAAACGAUCCAAAUUUAAAAUGUGGUGGAAAAGAAAAACAAAUGCUGUCAAUGUCACAAGAUGUGAGAGAUUCAGAGAAGACGCCUAGAAUUUCUGGGUUUGGCACAUUACUUAAGACACAGUCAGAUGCAAUAAUUACACAGCAGCUUGUAAAAGACAAACUGCGAGCCACUACACAAAAUUUAGGUUCUUUAUAUAUGCAGAGUCCACUUCUAAAUUCAGAGCCAAAAAAGGCUUUAUUUGUUCAGACUCCAAGAGGCUUUUUUGUUCCAUUGCACAUUGCUAACAAGCCUGGAUUACAUGCUUCAGGAAAACCACUUCCUUUGGUUAAUACACAAGGUGUUCCUGCUUCUCUUCUCUUAAACAAGAAACCUGGGAUGAUCUUAACAUUUAAUAACGGGAAACUUGAAGGUGUUUCUGCUGUCAAAACUGAGAGUGCUCAAGCUUGUGGAACUACAACUAAAGAGCCUUGCAGACCACCUAUUUUAAAGGUAGAACCAAGCAGUAAUUGUCUGACCCCUGCACUUUGUUCCAGCAUUGGCAGCUGUUUGAGCAUGAAAAGUAGCUCAGAAAAUACCCUGUCAUUAAAAGGUCCUUACAUUAUUAAAACGCCAGCAAGUUCCUCAGUGAAAGCUGUUCCUACCCCUAAUACAGUAUCUGAGCAUCAGGGCACUAAGUUGAAUAUCUCAGAUUCAGUAAAACAGCAGAACAAAAUUUUCCCAAAACCACCUCUUUACACCCUUUUGCCUGAUGGCAAACAAGCUGUUUUUUUAAAGUGUGUGAUGCCAAAUAAGACUGAGCUGCUUAAGCCUAAAUUAGUCCAAAAUAGUACUUAUUAUAAAAAUAUACAGCCAAAGAAACCUGAAGGAACACCACAAAAAAUAUUGCUGAAAAUUUUUAACCCUGUUUUAAAUGUGACUGCUGCUAAUAAUCUGUCAGUAAGCAACUCUGCAUCCUCUGCAUCCUCAUCGCAGAAAGAUAAUGUACCAUCUCAUCCAGCUACAGGAGGAGAGCAGAAAGAGCCAGAAUCUUCUAGAGAUGCCUUACCCUUCUUACUAGAUGAUAUGAUGCCAGCAAAUGAAAUUGUGAUAACUUCUACUGCAACAUGCCCAGAAUCUUCUGAGGAACCAGUAUGUAUCACUGACCAUUCAGAAGCCAGGGUAUUAAGACGUAAAACUAAUUGUACAAUUGAGAGAUGCGUCAAUAAGAAAAAGACUUUGAAAAAAAAUUUUUCAAGAAUAAAAACUCAUUUAAGGAGUAAAGAUUCUGAAACUGCCUUUGUAUCUAGAAACAGAAACUGUAAACGAAAGUGUAGAGAUAGUUACCAAGAACCUCCAAGAAAAAAAGCAUUGCACAGAAAGUGUAAAGAAAAAGCAAAGCCUGAAGAUAUCAGUGAAUCAUUUGGAUAUAGCAAACCUAGGCUUUCAAAAGAUUCAGUCAGAACUUUGCGGCUUUUCCCCUUUAGUUCCAAACAACUUGUGAAAUGUCCUAGGAGAAACCAACCAGUGGUAGUUUUGAAUCAUCCUGAUGCAGAUGCACCAGAAGUAGUAAAUGUAAUGAAAACUAUUGCUAAAUUUAAUGGACGUGUACUUAAGGUUUCAUUGUCAAAAAGAACUAUCAAUGCUUUACUGAAACCAGUUUGUUGUAACUCUUCUAAAACAAUUUGUGAUGAUUUCCCCAAGAGGCACAAAACAUUUAAACCUGUUAGUUCUGUGAAAGAAAGAUUUGUGCUAAAAUUAACUCUCAAAAAAACAAGCAAAAACAAUUAUCAGAUUGUGAAAACUACCUCUGAAAACGUUUUGAAAGCUAAAUUUAACUGUUGGUUUUGUGGUCGAGUAUUUGACAAUCAGGAUACUUGGGCUGGUCAUGGGCAGAGACAUUUAAUGGAAGCUACUCGUGAUUGGAAUAUGUUAGAAUAAUUUACCAUAAUUACCAAGGAGAAGAAGAGUAAUUACCUUAGAAGAAAAUAGUGGGUUGAAUUACUAAUGCAGACACUUUUACUUCAACAUAGUACUUGAAAUUAAACAUUUAAAAGUUGCUUAUGUUUCCAUGGAAGAACGCAAGUUUUAGUGUGAUAAUUGAAAAUGCUGUCGGUGCACAUGUAAGUUUUGAAAGAAACCUAAUCAGCACAGAUGGACCUUGAUUUAAUUUUUAAAAAAUGUGUUCUUGGGAAGUUAGGGCUAAAGAAAAUUUUGAUAAAACUGUUUUCCCAGUUUAGUUCUUUAGUGACUCUUGAUAGAGGGUAAUGUCUGACAGCCCCAUUCCCUCUUUCCGUCCACCAGCCUUAUGAAUUUGGUAAGUAUAGCUCCUCUGAGAGCUCUUUCACUGUGGAACUGAAGGAGUUUCUCAUCAUUUAUGAAGAUACACUAGGAGAACUUGGGUAAAGAACUUACUCCACAUCUGCAAAACAUAGUUGUUUUGAAGGUAAUUAGGCUCCUUUUAGAGUACCUUUAACUCACUACAGUUACACCUCAUAUUGAUGAGUUUUUGACAAGUAGAUAUUUUUUCCUGGUAAGCUGUGUCCCAUAUCAGUGAUGGAAACACCCUCCAAGAUAAUUUUCUUUUUCCAAGUGGCUGUCAAGCAUCACAGUAGAUGGGCAGCCUUGAGAGGAGAAUUAAACUUUCUUGGUCUGAUUUGAAGUCCAUUUAAAGAACUUGAACAUUUUUUCUGAAUUUGAUUAUAUAUUCUCCAGCGAUUCCCUUGCAUAGGACUAUGCUUGUUUGGUUUAAAUUGUUUGUCUCCAUGAACCAAAUGGCCAGUUUUUUUCUUGGUUGCCAUCCCUUUAAAAAGAGUGAAACACAGAAGCACUUCCAAGGGAAUGGCUUUUCUUGAAAAUUAAAAAUUAUUCCUCAGAAACGAUAUUUUGAAGCAAGAUUAACAAAGCAGAUCAUACUUUUGUGUUUAUUAUUAGUGUUUGAACAUGUCCACAUUGGGACAAAUCAUUUUUGUUAGCAACUUUUCAGUAUGACUGACAACCCAAAGCAGAUUAUUUACUGAUUGUUUGCAGUUGGAAAUGAAGAAGCAUUAAUAUUGGACUGAGUGGCAGUGCAUAAAACUUCAGGACAGAUUCUGAAGGGACGCGCCCAACAGGUAGCAUUUUAAAAUGGCUAUUUUCACGACAGCAGAAUCAUUGAUUUAAACUUUUCAGUUUGUAAGUUUGGAUCAAAUUUUGUUGGAUCAUUGGAUAAUGGAGUUCUUGUGUUAAAAAUUAUAUACCAUAUAAUUUUUGUUACUUGGUUACUACAAGUGUUAUGACAUUUUCAUUGAUUGAAAGAAAACUUCAGGGCUUCUUUUCUGUAUAUAACAAGGAAUUUAAACCUGUACAUAUUUUUGUACCUUUCAGUUAUGUAAAUUUUGCACAGAAAUUUUUUUGACAUAAAAAGUUUAUUUUCUUUCAAUUUAGUUCUGUGCAUGCACUAAUAAAACUUGCUGUUUAAUUUAAAAGGAAUAUAUAAGACUUUACCCAUGUUAUUUUUUUGGUUUUUAUUUCAGAUGUACAAUUUUUUUUUUUUUUGGGUAAAUUCAGUUUUCAGGGAUUGAACACUAUUGUUAGCAAGUGCCUAAAAGAUGUGAAACAGUUUACAUAUGUUGACUGUAACAUUAGGUCCCAGAUGGGCCCUCUCCCCCUAUAGUUUUAUUUUAAAGAAAGCCAUACAUAGAUGCUUCAAGCUAUCUUGCUAUGCACAUUAUACAUGUACUGUUUUUGUGCAGUUUGUCUACUUUCUUAGAAGUGAAGUAUUUUUUGUAUAAAAUCUGUUACAAUUGUGUUUCUUAAAUUGAGCCUAAGAAUGGAGUUGAUUGGAAAUAUACAGUAUAUAUUAAUAAUGUAUAUGGUGUUUAAAGACUGGUAAGCAUUGUUAAUUUCUGUAAUGAACGUUUUCUUCAAUUAAAUUUCUCUUAAGUUUCUGUUUACACAAUAAUUUUUUAAUGUGCUAAAAUCAAAUGGGAAUUUUAUUCUAAUGGGAAAUACUGAGAUUUCAGGUUUUUGGUUUUUUUUUAAUGCUAGUGAACAAUGCAAAAUAAAGUGGGCUUUUUUCCCAAAAAAAAUUAUAGGUGAAAUUUUGAAAUUUUGUUUGAGAAGAAUAGUAUUUAUUAUAAUUUAACUAUGCUGAUAAGAAAAGCCACACAGAAGCUUACUUUCUUUAGUACCCUAAGGACAGUGAAGCAAAUGCUCUGUUAUGGUUAGAUCUGUUAUGAUGCGUCACCUUCUGUGAAUAGAGGAGAGAGAGAAGGAACUCUCUUGACAGUGUUUGCAGCACUAUAAAAAUACAUUCCAGAAUUAUCAUAACAUUGAAAAAAUAUCUAAUGUUGAGAUAAACAUGCCUUUUGCCUUAAGGUUUUAAAAGCUGUUUUAAAAAGCUUCAUGCCCCAGAUACUCUAGUUGGUACCUUUUAUGAAUUCUUUUUUUAAACUUAGGUAAUUCUUAAGGAGGUAAGCCUGCUUGAAGCCUCUUUACUGCCAGAGCAGAAAAUCCGAAAAUAAAACCCUCUAUCCUUUCCUUCUGGCCAAAACUGAGCUAAAGAUGGCUUUCCAAGAUAUGUUCAUUAGUUUGAGGUUCUUAUUACAACUGGAAGAGUUAAUUUUAUCUUUGCAAUCUAACUUCAAGUCGGUAAUUUGUUUCCUAUUUGUUUUUUUUCUGUAUGUCCUAUUUUUUUCUCCUAUCUGUCUGUCUCCAUUGAAAUGAGCCUUACUAUUUGUCAUUCACUUAAAAUAAUAGUUUAACUUUCAAAGAGUUUUCCUUAUCUUACAAAGCAUUCAGCAUGGAUUGAAAUGUAUUAGUUUUUAUGAAGAGUUUUGUUUUCAUUAAGGGGUCAGCAAGAUAUUUCAUCAAAGGAUCAGACAAACAACUUAGGCUUUGUAGGCCAUUUAGUCUCUGUCAUAACUACUUAACUAUGACUGUGGCAGAAGUGGCCAAAAACAACACAUGAAUGAGUAGGCGUAUAUUUUAAUAAAACUUUGUUAAAAAUUGUCAGUGGGCCAAAUUUGGCCCACACCAAAUGGUUUACUAACUCUUACUCUCUGUCAAAAAUCUGACCUUAGACUGGGAUUUUUGUUAACAGCAGAAGUUUGGUGGCUUUUUUUUUUGUUGUUUGUUUGUAAUAGACACCAGCUUUAUAAAAGUUACAAGUAUAAAAACUAAAAUAUGUGUGUGUAUAUAUGUAGUCACCAAUGUAGAUGUAUUUGUUUAAAAGUGAAAUGAAUGUAAACCUAAUGAAAAUAAUUAAUGGGUAAAGUAUAGAUAGGUCUUAUGUGUGCUAAGGGUAAUGCAGCUUAUGGAGAGAUUAAAGAUGAGAUCAAUCAAUUACUGUGAAAAUUUAUAUCCAGAUUAGAUGAGAAGUCGAUACUAGUUGUUCUAGUGAUAUGAAAUCAUUGGUGAGAAAAAGUAAUAGCAGUUCUUUAAGGAUGGGGAUGGGGUUUUGGGAAUGGAGGUGAGCCAAAACCAGAAUAUUGUAUUAAUUCCAUGCUCACUACUGAUUUUUUCUUUUUAGUAAGUGAUUCCUUUUCACCAAUGACAUCCGCUUACUUAGAGUAAUCCCACUUGUGUUGAGGUAUUGGCUCUGUUCCUUGCCACUGCAAUUUGUUAUUAGAGUCUUUGUUUUCAGCAAAGUGCCUUGGAGAUCUCAUCUGAUGAAACUUGCUGGGGGAUAUUAAGAGUGUGGCAUUUGCAGAAUUUCCCUAUAAUGGAGAGUUUAAAUAGCUUAGUUGAUUUUAGUGGUCAUUGCAAGUCUUCCUUGAAUUAUUUUUUUGACUAUACCUCUUUCUAAAUUGGCUUCUAUUAAGUUUAAUAUAUCGUAAAUUAUGGCAGUGUAAACUUGAGAAUGUAGGAAGAAUGUUAAUGUACGUCAGUUUUGAAAAUCAUGAUUUUAGUUGAUAGAAGAAUGCACUUACUAAGAAAUAUUCAUUCCUAGUAGAGACAUUCUUAGUAUGUUAAGAGAAGAAUUCUUCUUCCUUAAUACUUUUAGAGUCCUUCAACCAAAAAUGAAGAUCGUGUUUAGGUUGCAGCUCAAAUUGCCUCUUUCAAUUAAGUAGUGAAACAUAGCUGCCUGCUGUCACUGGUUAUUCAUAAGCUAUUGCUAAUGUAAAAGGGUAGGAAGACAAAACGAAAACUUGAGAAGAGAGCAAAAUACUAUUUGCAAAUGACUUUACUUCAAUAUUUGGAAAAUCCAAAGAGGUACACUGAGAAAUACUUAGCUUUCUGGACACUUAACAAUAAUCAUUUGGGAAGCAAUAAAGUAAUAAAAAUUGUGUGAAGCUGCCAAAAACCACAAAACCUAACUGAGAGAAUUACAGUGUUUGAGUGUAAGAGCAAAUAUACCCUUAUUUGGUAGAUCCCAUUUUCCAUGUCUGUGUCCUACAGAAUGCUUAUAUUGAAAAGAUGGUGGCAGCUGAGUAGUGGUGCCCAGUGCCUAACUCCCAAUACCUGCAGUAUAACGAGAAUCAGGACAGGGAAGCUACAAAAUAGUGCAACCUUUGCUACACAUUUUUGUUGCAAGAGACCUUGCUGCUCUGGUGGGAUUGACAGCCAAGUGGCAGCUUGCAUCUCUCUUGGCUUUGUAAGGCAGAAGAGCUAUUGUAUGUUCAGUAGCUGGUGAUCAUUGGCACAUCCUGCUCUCCCUGGUUCUGGGCUGUAGAAGAACUGUACUGGGAGGUGGCAGCAGAUUCUCCUGUCCCUUCCCCUAACCACCAACAUAGCUGUUCCACAGGGAGGAUUCAGGGGGCAUUCAAUGAAGAGCCAGUUUGCCAACACUCCCCCACCCCACAACCAGCUCUGUAGCACAAAGGCACAGAUACUCUUGUUAAAGAGAGGUUUGGAGUGAACUUCAAAGACUUGCUAACAUGCUGUCCUUUACAAGGGGCUGGACUUUAUCUGGAUCAGACAGGAGCAAUUUAUACCCUAUAGUACUGUUGAAAACAAUAGAUCAGAGAGAGAAAAAAAAAAGGUUGAUAAAACCACAGGCAUCCUUCGUGAUCAGAAAGAAUGUGUGCAUGCUCAAGGCUGCAGCCACAUAGGAGCAACCCUGACUGAAUGUAGGGCAAAACUUGUAAACUCCCUAAAGGAUAAAAGCAGUCUCAAAGUCACACACAAAUCCGAAGGUAAAGGAUGUAAACAUCACUGAUUCACAGGGCUUAAGCACAACCUCUGAUCAGUCAAUCAGUGGCUGAUCACUAAAUGGCGCUGACUUGGAAGCGACCCGUAAGAUGUCAGGCUUAAAAAUGGGGAAACAAGUUGAGCAGUGACAUCAGAGAAGGUGUACUGUGAGGGGGAAAUAAACUUGAUAAAUUAGUUCUGCCAAGUUACAAAAAUCCAGAGUUGGGGAGGAGAUCCUACAAUAUGUUACCUAAAAUGUCUGGUUUUCAACAUAAGGUUAUGAGACAUUCCAAGCAACAGAGAAGUGUGACAUUGAGAAAAAGGCAGCAGAUACUGAGGGGUAUCAGAUACAGGAUAAAUGUUAAUCAACUAAAGGAAACCAGAUUUAAAGAAUUAAAGUAUACUGACAAUGUCUUAUCAAAUGGAAAAUAUAAAUAAGAUUUGAAAUUACCAAAAAAAAAAAAAAAAAAACGGUGAAAAUUCUUGGAAAGUG